AUGGAUAUGCAAGGCUGGGCAGAAACGGCAGGCACCACGCCGUCAGCCCUCGACGCUUCACUCAACGCUCCCUCGCCGCUUCCUCGACGCUUCCUCGACGCUGCCCGCCCCCUCGCGUCGCCCCCCUGGCCUGGCCGGCCUGUCCCCGUGACUGCCCGCCGCCCAUUGGUCAGUUUGGUAGCAACGCCUGCGACGCCCCUUGGCAACUAUCAGCGCCAGUUCACGGGCUCAUCACGGGACCCCCCGGCCGCCCGCCGCUGAUUGGCUGGCUGCUGACUUAUGUAAGCCCCACCACCGCCCCAACGUGGGCCAAGCCCGCCAAGCUCCGCCAAGC